CCUACACACGCACACAUGCAAACACUGGACGAAAUCGGUUGGAUCAGCGAUAUGGCGACAAAUCCGAAGACAAUCAUAGAUUUUUGUAUAUCUCACUGGCUUAUUUUCAUGCUUGUCAUCUUUGUAAAUAUCCAUGGAUCUGUCAAUAUCAAUAAAAAAUGGAGACUAUGCGUAGUGAAAACUGAUUACACUUCAAAAAGAAUUAUUUCACUUUGUUCGAAACUGGAUGAGAGUCCAAUAGUAUGUGUCAUAGAAACUGAUAGGUUCGGUUGUAUACGACGCAUAAUUGGAGGUGAUGUUGAUUUUACUGUACUGGAGCCAGAAGAACUUGUAGCGAUAAAAAACUAUUACUUAUACAAAGUUCUAGUCACGAGUGAAUUAAAACUCAUCCAACACGAAGCGGAGCGUUUUCAAAUAGUAGCCAUAGCGCAUAAAAAUGUGCAACGCAUAUGGGACAUUAAAGGCAAGCGAUUAUGUCAUCCCGGCUUCGACAAUUGGUCUACAGUUAUUUCAACGUAUCUCGAAAACUUGAUAAUUCGCAAAGAAUGCGAUUUAAAUAUGACACUAUUCGAGAAUAGAGUGCAUGGUUUAUCCAAAUUCUUUGAAAUGGCUUGCAUCGCUGGCCCGUGGUCGUCGGACACAAUAUUUGAUUAUCAACUGAAAUCUAAAUACAAGAAUCUCUGCGCCGCGUGCGACAAUCCAACCAGUUGUUACAACACCGACAAAUAUUAUGGACGGGAGGGUGCUCUAUUGUGUCUUACCGAUAAUAUGGGAGACGUCGCUUGGGUCAGAUUGGACGACGCUCGUGUGCACUUCAAGACUGAGAUGGUCGAUAGACGGGAUUACAAGUUUCUGUGUCCGGACGGUACCACAAAGCCGCUUAUAUUCGAUGAACCAUGCGUUUGGAUAUCAAAACCGUGGCCAGUCAUCAUAGCUACAAUGCAAAGUGCUGCGAAUAUUGCUCAAAUGAUGAGUUCGGUUCUCAAUACAACGUUCUGCUGGAAAAGCACCAUGUUGCAGCUGAUGGAAAAUUAUUACAUCACUGUGGCCGAUGUAGACACACUAGAAGUACCGUCCGAUUACUUAUCCCGAUUCCCAAAUUUCAUGAGCGCUUAUGCUCGAUCGGGUUGUCAGCCUUCAAGAGAAGUGCGGUGGUGCGUGGUGUCCAAUCUCGAGUCGCGUAAAUGUGACUCGUUGAGAGCCGCCUCUAUAGUUUACGGUGUUGAACCGAUGAUCUAUUGCUUCCAGGAAAAGAACAGAGAAUCGUGCUUAAAAGCCAUACAGGACAAUCUAAUGGACAUCUUUUUCGUGCAUCCUGAGGAACUUCUUGAAGCUAGAAUGAAAGGUUUAAAGCCUAUCGUCAAUGCGAUGACUAAUGCAAAAGAGGAAAUAAAUAGAAUUGUGGCAAUUGUAAAAGUUAAGUCCGCAUUUACGACCAUAAAGGAUCUCAAAGGUGCCAAAGCGUCUUUUACGGGAUACAAAAGCAUUGGCUGGAACGCUUUUGUAACAUUAAUGAGAAACAUAUCAGACGAAAAUUGGGAUUGUUCAGAUGCACAGGCUGUUGCAAAAUUCUUCAAGGAUAGCUGCCUUGUCAAUAUUCUCGAUAACAACGAAGAGCUUCCAGCUAAUUUGCACUCUUUAUGCAAAAAAGAUAUGAAGCGAACAAACGAUGAUUUAGAUGCCUUCAAUUAUUUGACUUCGGGUAUCGUCGACGUUGCUUUCGUUAAUCUCAAGGCCAUAGAAAGCAAGACAGAAAUCGGUGAUUUUUAUCACGAGAAGAUUGAUCAUAAGAAUGUCAACCGAAUGCCCAAGUAUAGGAUAUUAGGUCCGACUUUGACGGAUACUUCGCAAGAAGUUCCGUAUUUGCUCGCUUGGACAACUCUUGGUUCGAUAGUAUCGAAUGAGAAUAUGACGGACUUAAGACGCCAGGAGAUUUAUUCCAUGCUGCUCGAAAUGGAUAAGCUGUUUGGGAAGAAAGUUAACAAACAGUCACCUGCGUUCUUACUUUAUGGACCUUACGAAGGCAAUCUCAACAUUAUCUUUCCCAACAACACGCGACAUUUAGAGUUACAUGGUCAUCAAGUACUGAGAGGACGCAAUUAUGACGAAAUCAUAGAAGAUUUUAUGAAGCAAGAAGUUUGUAGUGCCGCAAGCACAUGGAUCUCUCAUUUCCAGGGAAUUGUUUCCCUUUAUAUGAUUGUUGUCAUUAUUCUAAAUUAAUUGUUGAGCUGCUGACAUUGAACUAUAUGCUCUCUAAAAACAGAUAAUACAAAAUAAUUUUUUAUUGAUAGUACAAUCGAUAAAAGUCUGGAUUUGUAUAAAAGAAUAGAUUUUUUUUACACAAAGUUUAAUUUUUGAGAAAAUAAAAUUAAAAAAUUGUAAGAUUAGUAAUCUUUCCUCUAUCUUAAGCUUGUAUAAUUUUGUGUCAAUGACACUGCAUGUUGUAUGUUGGUGGAUUCAAUAAUGCAAUUAUUAAUAUAAAAUUCUAAGAAAUACAUAUUCUUUUAGUGGUCUGAUUAUAAGACCACUAUUAUAUAUAAGACCAGUCUUGAAAGAAAAUAUAUAAUCUAAAUAUAUAAUUUAAAUAUAUUCUUUGUAUAAUAUAUUUAUAAAUUAUAUGUUUAUUUUUAUAUUGAAAAGUAAUUGGGAAUCCAAGCUCAAAAAUAAUAAGACGUUAUUAACUGUCCAAUUUUUAAAAUAAAUUUUCUCAAAAAUAAAAUGUGAAAAAAUUUUAUUCCAUUUUUAACUUAUUUUUAUAGAUAGAAUCAUCACUUUUUUUCAAUGGUACUAUCAAUAAUAAAUUAUUUGUAAUGAAAAAAACAUGACAUCAAAUCAUUUAGACUAUGUAUAAAAUGUUACAUAUAUCUCAACAAUAUAAUUUUAUUAUUUCAUUUUUAUCCUUUCUCUUAUAUUUAUAUUUUUUGUACAAUACUAAUAAAUAAAUGUAUAUAUAUGUAUAUAUAUAAA